AUGCUGAAUGGACAGACCUUCCGCGGCCACGGCCGGAUGCGACUUGUCGACCCGAGGCACCUUCCGCAACUGAUGUCCCUGGAGGACCAUGAGCCCACCAUGGUGGGAGGGACACUGGGGCCCGGCAACUCCACGCCGGCAGGGGAGGAAGGGGCUCCAGGUCAGCAGCACCAGUCCUUCCCCUGGGUGGUGACCCUGCUGGCCGGCGUCCUGAUCACGACCAUCGUGGUGGAUGUUAUCGGGAACCUGCUGGUCAUUGUGUCCGUGUUCAGGAACAGGAAACUCAGGAAAGCAGGAAACGCCUUCGUGGUGAGCCUGGCCCUCGCUGACUUGGUGGUCGCCAUCUAUCCCUACCCGCUGGUCCUGACCGCCAUCUUCCAUGACGGCUGGAUCGCCGGCUACAUCCACUGUCAGAUCAGCGGCUUCCUGAUGGGCCUCAGCGUCAUCGGCUCCAUCUUCAACAUCACGGGCAUUGCCAUCAACCGCUACUGCUACAUCUGCCACAGCCUCAAGUACGACAAACUCUUCUCCAACAGCAACACCAUGUGCUACGUUGUGCUCGUCUGGGCGCUCACCAUCCUGGCCAUUGUGCCCAACUGGUUUGUGGAGUCGCUGCAGUAUGACCCUCGAGUGUACUCCUGCACCUUCGCCCAGUCGGUCAGUUCGCUGUACACCAUCACAGUGGUUGUGGUGCACUUCAUCCUGCCGAUCGGCAUUGUCACCUACUGCUACCUGCGAAUCUGGAUCCUCGUCAUCCAGGUGAGGCGGAGGGUCAAGCCGGACUCGCGACCCAAAAUCAAGCCGCACGACCUCCGCAACUUCCUCACCAUGUUUGUGGUGUUCGUGCUCUUCGCCGUCUGCUGGGCGCCGCUGAACCUGAUCGGACUGGCAGUGGCGCUAGACUCCAGGCUGAGCCGGGCCAUACCGGAGUGGCUGUUCACGGCCAGCUACUUCAUGGCGUACUUCAACAGCUGCCUCAACGCCGUCGUCUACGGCGUCCUGAACCACAACUUCAGGAAGGAGUACAAGAGGAUCGUGCUGAUCAUCUUCAAGUUUCACUGCUGA